GGGGGUUCGGGUGUCCCUGGUCCCCGUUGGGGUCGGCUCUGACUCCCAGGGCUGCCAGACGAAGUGGGGGGCGCGGGGGGAGCCCGUGCAGCGCAGGACAGGCUGGGAUGGGUCUGCUCCCUGCUGUUCCUGCUGCCAGCUUCUCCUCUCCCCAGAAAUCCCCCAUCUGGAGGACAUGGCGGGGACCCGAGGGAAUCCUGCCUUCUGAACAAUGAAGAUCUUAGACCCUGGCUAACUCUGAGUCCUGAGAACCCUUUGUGGAUCCUUCCUGGCUGCUCUGGAGCAGAUGCUGAGGCUCCCUGGAGGGAUCUUCUCCAGUCACUCACGGUGCCUGCGUGAGAGCAGAGGAAGCUCCCAACCAUCGUGUGCCCGAGAGCCGAGCCAUGCUGGGCCGCAGGAGCCCCGGGCAGCGGCAGCAGCCGUGCCGGGAGGACGCGUCCCUGCGGACACGGGCAGCCAGGGACACGGACGUCAGCCUGGAGGUGUUCAGCGGCUCCACGCCCGAGAUCAAGGCCAGCCGCAGCAGAGCCCAGCAGAUGCGGGACAGGAAAGGGCGCAAGGCCGAGCUCAAAGACUCCAACGGCCGAGAGGCAGAGACCAUCACCUUCAUCUCUGGGACAGCAGAGGCUCCCCCAAACCAGAGCUUGUGCUGCUCCUCCCUGUCCCAGGCCUGGAACACGUACAAGGCCGUUUUCUGUUGCAUAGUGACGUGUGGGGGCUGCUUCCAGGAUUGCAGCGUCUGCAUUCCCUAUCCAGGGCCUGCUGAGACCUCCACAGAUGAGGGGAAGAACGGAGACUACAACGGGCGGCUGCCAAACAGCCCCGCCAACGCAUCUCCUGCCGAGAAGAACGGGAACCAGAUCAAAAAGUCCAGCAUGGGCAGCAGUUUCAGUUACCCAGACGUGAAGCUGAAGGGCAUCCCCGUCUAUCCAAACAGGAACCCCAACCACCACCUGGAAUCUGACUCCUGCUGCAAGGAGCUCCUGGAGAAGCCCUUCAGGAACAGCAUAGAGAAGCCACCGCUCCCCAGCAGCCACCGGAGCUCGGAGGAGUAUUAUUCCUUCCACGAGUCCGACGUGGACAUCAGCGAGCUGAACGGCUCCAUGUCCAGCCGGCAGAUCGACGUCCUGAUCUUCAAGAAGCUCACGGAGCUGUUCAGCGUCCACCAGAUCGACGAGCUGGCCAAGUGCACCUCGGACACCGUCUUCCUGGAGAAGACCAACAAGAUCUCGGACCUCAUCAACAGCAUAACUCAGGACUACAACCUGGAUGAGCAGGAUGCCGAGUGCAGGCUGGUGCGAGGCAUCAUCCGCAUCAGCACCCGCAAAAGCAGAGUGCGGCCACACAUCCCCAUCCCGGGCCAGGGCCACGAGGAGAAGUCCGGCCGGGGCAACGCGCCCGACAGCGGGAACGAGACAAUGCUGGAGUCCAUGGUCAUCAGCCAGGACGAGCUGGCCGUGCAGAUUUCGGAGGAGACGCCGGCGGAUGUGAUGGCCAGGAACAUGAGGCGGCACAGCAGCGCAGGCUCUCCGACCAGCAGAGAUUCCUCUUUCCAGGACACAGAGACUGACUCAUCUGGGGCUCCUCUGCUCCAGGUGUACUGCUAAAGGACCCAAGCAGCAGGGAGGCAUUCCAGGGCUUUGCUCCUCUUUCCAUGUGGAGUGUGCUGUGCCACAUUUGAUUUUUUCCCCACCCCAGUCUACCCUGAUCCUUAUUGAAGCCAGAUUCCUCCUGCUGUCUGAAUUUCACUGGAUAUUUUGGUUUCUUUGGACAAUCAAGGAAGCAAACUGCGGAGCUAAUGAACUUGGGAGGUGGAAUGUGUGCCCAGGGAGGAGAAGAUGGACAAGGAAGUAGCAGAUAACCUGUGCCUCUGUGAUUUCUGCAAAUCACAUUUAGCUCCAGCAGCCUCAGUGGCUCAGCCCUUUCACUCUUUUGAGGACCUGUUGUACAAUUCCUGCUUCCUGGCGUUGCCAAAGUGAACUUGGGUAGGGAAUAACUGUGUGGUGUCUCUGCUGGUGCUGAUGCUGAGGUGCAGGCUGAGAUCCUGCUCUGUAGGGACCCAAAUCUCUAUUUAAAGUGCCUGUAUUGGUCCCACAAACUCAAAGUCUUCUACCCAUGGUGUUUUCAGUAGCCAGAUCUGCCUUUCCCUGCUGACCCUCGGUGUCAUCUCCUGCUGCCUCAUGAGGAGAAGGUUCAGGUUUAUGGGGUUCAUUUAAUUUUUGGCCUCUUGGCUCCGCUCCUGGGACAGUGCCAGUGUUGGGGUGGCUGCUCGGCUGCCCCUGCACGAGCAGACUGUGGGGAUCGGCCCUGCCAGCCUGCUGUGGCUCCUGGGGGUGAGGCAUUCCCAGGAGCACACACCGUGUCCUGCCUGCCAGCAGCUCCCCCUCACUCCAAGCCAAUCCCUCCGUGCCUCUCCUGGGACAGCCUGGAGCAGGAUUGUGCCAAGUGAGGGGAGCACCAUUCACUCCUGACCCUUUGUGGUUCAGAGCUGGGCUGUUUGACUGCUCCACUAGAAAAUCCCUUAAAAGUGGUUUGCUUUGCAAGGAAAGGCUCCUCAGAGUGCCUGCAGAGGGUUUGUGAGGUGCUGCUGGUCCCUUCCUUUCCCUGUGGGCACUCAGCACCUUGUCCUUCCCUUUGCUCCCCUCUGGCAGCACCGAGGCAGGAGAUGGGCACUGCUGUCCCUGGAGGGCUGCAGCAGGAGGAAGCUGCAUCUGUGGUGUUGCCGCUUGGUUGUUUAUCACAAAGUGAACACAUCAAGCCAUGGGAUUUGUCUGGAGAUUUUGGGUGCCCUUGGGCGUGAACAGAGAACGCUUCAUUGAAUUUACCAGCCCUAGGAUGAACACACCCGCUGGAUUUUGGGGAGAGAGAAGCUCAGACAGGCCCUGGGCUUCGGUGUGGACCAGGGUUUUGUGCCUCAGUUGGACUGAAAUGUGCCUCAGUUGAAAUGAAAUGUGCCUUCGUUGAAAUGAAAUGUGCCUCUAUUUUACAGCCUGUGAUUGCUCUUCAGAGGUUUGGGCAGGGAGGAAGGAUUUAAUUCCUCUCAUGAGCUCUCAGGCUUCUUUAAAAGGCCAAAACCCUUUGAAAUGGACAGUCCCUGUUUUUAUAAACCACUGGCUUUUUUCAGAGUGCGCUUUCAGAAAUCAGGGGCAUUAGAGACCACACCUGGAGACACUGUCAGAGAGAGAUUUCGAAGAUAAAGGGAAGAGACUGAGCCUUGGAUUUGGCUUCCCCUCCCUGCUUUGUGUUUAAAGCCGUUGGUUUAUGAGAAAUCGAGUUUAUACAAGGACAAGACUUGAAGCAAGGCCAGGCUGGGACUCCCAGGGGAGCUGUGUGAGGUCACCCCCUUCCGAAUGCUGCCCGUCCUGAGGGACCUGCUUGGCUUCUGCUUCUCAUGGGUUUGUACAUUGUUACUUGGACAAGUUUUCCUCAAAGCUGUGCACUGAGGUGUCACCUGGGUCACACUGACACAGCUCUGUGGGCUCUGCUUUGGAGACAGGGGCUGAGCUGGGCUUGCAAUGAGCUGCAGUUGCUGGUACUGAGCAAAUGGACGUUUUUAGUGUCUAGUCAGGGUGUGAAGAAUGAGUGUGUGUGGAUUAAACUAGCAAAAAAGUCCCCAAGCCCCCCAAAAACUCACUAAGAGGAAGACUGUCAACUCGAUGGUCCCUGAAGCUGGUUCACCUGUGGUGUCUUAUGGGAUUCUUUUUGCACUCCUUGGCCUUAAAUGUUCUGGUUUGGUCUUUUUUAUAAAGUCAAAGUUGUGCUCUUU